UCAUAGACGAAAGCGUGUGGAGUUUUCGUUGAUCCAAUUCAAGCUGGGGUUGAAUUGAAUCAAUUUGGUGAGAGAAUACCAACAUUGAUCAAGGGCUUACUGCUCAUUUAACAUACAUAUAUUUUAGUUUAUUAUUCAGUCAAUAUUUUCGUAUACGAUAACGGUUAAUGGACUCUGCCGGCUAAUAAUUAGCUGAGCAUUUUGCCUAGCCUAGGUAGGCCCUGCCUGGCCUAGCCACGCCGAAAGAGCACCGGCGGACAAGUCAAACAUUCAGCCUAGAGCUCAGCAUUGUUUUCUUUGGCCUAGCUUGAUUGAUUCUAUCACAAAUCACAUAAUGUCGGGUAUUCGCGUCAUCCAAGUCACAAAUGUGUCACCGUCUGCCACGGUCGAGCAAAUGAAAACAUUAUUCGAAUUUCUUGGAAGGGUUGAGGAUAUUGUUUUGGUUCCAAGUAGAGAAGAAAACCAAUCCCAGAUUUGCUUUGCUAAGUAUGAAGAUGAGAGCAGUGUUGCAGUCGCCCAGCACCUUACAAACACCGUUUUUGUGGACAGAGCUCUGAUAGUUGUUCCAGCAAAGGACAUCGGCAGGCAGUAACACAUCUUUUGAUGCAACACUUGCGGCACUAGGCUUACCACAGCCUCCUCAGCUCUCCAACGUCGACCCAUCGAAGAUCGAAGAAAUUAGACGAACAAUAUAUGUUGGAAACUUGGAUUCUUCUGUGACUGCUGAGCAGCUGUUGACCUUUUUCCAGCAAAUCGGAGAGGUCAAGUAUGUACGCAUGGCCGGAGAUGAGACCCAACCAACUCGGUUCGCAUUUGUGGAAUUUAGCGAUCAGAUGACUGUAGCCAAAGCUUUAACUUACAACGGUGUGAUGCAUGGAGGACGCCCUCUGAAGAUCAACCAUUCCAAUAAUGCAAUUGUGAAGCCACCUACCAAAUCGAAUGAAACUACCCAGAGAGAAAUGGAAGAGGCCAUGAAGAGAGUAAGGGAUGCUCAGGCCCUGAUACAAGCGGCCAUUGAUCCAGUGUUCGACAAAGGUUCGACAAAAGAGAAAAAGAGGAGUCGAUCUCGUAGUAAGAGAAGAAGUCGAUCCCGUUCCCGUAAAAGGUCCCGUUCACGUCGGCGCUCUAGGAGUCGGCAUCGUUCAAGAACACCACCACGACGUCGUAGAUCCCGUUCACGCAAGAGGUCCAGGUCUCGUAGACGCACCCCAUCCCCUCCGAAAAGAAGGUCACCGCGGAAAAGGUCUAGGACACCAAAGCGUAGAUCCCGUACCCCAAGACGCCGGUCUAGAUCUCCUCGUAAAAGAUCAAGAACGCCAAGAAGAGUAUCUCGAUCUCCAAAACGAAGAUCUGAAAAGUCACGAGGGGAUAGGUCACCACGGCGGUCAAAGUCACCAAAACACAAAUCUCGCUCCAGAUCAAGAGACAGAUCUCGAACCCCACCAAGAGGUUAUCGGGACAGGUCGAGAGGUCGCAGCAGAGAUCGCAAGAGACGUUCAUACACCAAAUCACCACCACCAUCCCGCCGUUCUCGAUCAGGGUCCGUGUCACCACGACGAUCAAAGCAUAAGAAAGAGAAGAAGAUUAAAGACAGAGAACGUGAAAUAGACAGAAGUCGUGAUAGAGAUUCACGCAGUAAGAAGCACAAACGCGACCGUGAUCGUGACCGCAAAGACCGUGGCGAUGAUCGCAAAGACCGUGGCAAUGAUCGCAAAGACCGUGGCGAUGAUCGCAGGGACAGAGAAUCUGAACAUCGCGAAAGGAAGAAAGACGUGAAGGUGAAGCGAGACUACGACGAGGAGGAGCAAGGGUUUGACAAUGAUAAAGACACGGAGAAGAAGGAGAGGAGAGAAUCAACUGGACGCAGUGAUGGUGGCAGCAGCCGAAAGGAGGAGAAAGUGACGGUGAAAGAAGAAACUGAGAAAGAUGUGUCGAUCAGCGAUGCCAAUGUACAGGAAAUGGAUAUGGAUGUGGAUACAGAUUAGGUGAUCACAGAAAUGCUUAACUUCUGGUAGCGCUGAGGUUGUGAUAGCGCCGAGGUUUAAAUAAUGUUGUCCCUAUUCGUACCACAGUUAAAAGUUUAUUCAAUAUUAAAAGAAUUCAUUCAAUUCUAGUAAUCUUCAAAUGGUACCAAUAAUACUGUAAUAAUACUGUAUAAUACUGUAAUAGUACAAUAAUAAUCAAAAUGAAAGCAAAAUAUCUACUUAAUAAUAAUAAACAAUUGAUACAUCUAGUAACAAUGGUUUUAGAUUUUGCAAUCAACAAUAAUAAUUACAUAUUAUUAUUGCUAUUAUCUAAAUAAAAAAAAUUCAUUUAUCAGUAAAAAAAAACAUAUCAAUCCUAUCCAAGACAUUAUUUGGAAAGUUUAUUACUAAAUAUAUUCUCUAUAUCUCUUCAUAAAACCAUUACAUGAUGAUGUGGUAACCUGUCACAUGACUGUUGAAUAUUUAUGAGCAUUUACGACAGAAAAGAGAUACAUGUAUCUAUCACCUGAUGUAAUAAUAAUCACCUGAUAAUACUGUCAUAUGAUACAUCCUGAUAGAUCUGUCACGUAGAGUAUAAUAUCCUUAUUUAUAAAUUGAGAAUGGCACAGAGAUGCUGGUACCUCAUUCAUUAUCACAUGAUUAUGUAAUGAUCACCUGAUAAGUCACAUGACACAUCCAAUCAACCUGUCACAUGUACGUUUAAUAAACCUGAAUGUAAUGAACUGAAAAACUGAAACAUACAGUAGUAGUUGAGCAUCCAUUUGAAAACUGGUUGAGAUGUAUAGACGUAUGUUUAUUACUUAUGAUUAAAAAUUUUGAUUAUCUGUUGAAUAGAGUAGGAUAAUUUUUACUCCUAAUUAUCAUAACCAAUAUGUGUUGUGUUUUGCUUAUUUGUUUUGUCUUUUAGUCACUGAAGAUAAAUGUAGUAUGUUGUCUUGCAAAUAAUGAAAAUUGACUUCAAAUUGGGAGAGUAUAACUAUUCGAAGUUUUCACAUUUUACCAUCUACUAUUCCAAAUGGGGUCAUUUUUUAAAAUAUAUCAUUUACAAAAGUACAAAACACCUGUUUCCUCUUACCCCUAUUCUCCUCUAAAAAGUACAAAAUAUUAUAAUAGUUUGCAUUUGUGGUCAUCAUUUGAUUUUCCCAUCCCUCUAAAAAGUACAAAAUAUAAUAAUCAGAUACAUUUGAGAUCAUUUGAUUUUUUUUUUAUCUUUCUCAAAUAAGUGUAAAUACACCCUACUCGAUUGUUAGUGUACUUUCUGAAAAUGUUGAAAAGUAGAUAGCCCUGUAGUUUCCGCUAUUGAAUGUAUGUCUCUGUAUUUUUACCAUGAUGCUUUUCAUUUGUAGAUUUCAUAGAUUUAGGUUAAUUUUUUAUUUUGUUUUGGCCUAUCUGGAGUUAUGUCUUCUUUUAAUCCUUUGAACUGAGGUUGAAUUAAUAGUCAGUGCCAAUGUGAUGAAUUUUCACUAAAUCAGCCGAUGCUUUUUACUUGCUGUAUACUUCUUUACACGCUGUCAGUUUUUUAAAGAAAUAAAGUGUUUCAAGAUGUCAAACACGUAA